UCUCUCAAAACACAACUUGCGCUCGAGACGGGAUGACGAUGAGUCACCGUGCGUAGUGAGAGAGGAAUUUGCAAGUUGAAUUUUGUGGCUGUGGGUGUAACCAACGAAAUAUAAACAAGCACAGGCAUGGAUGAAAAAGGGAAAAAUAUCAAGGCUCCAAGAUUUGUGCAAAUUAAAAAAGGAGACAAAGGCUAUGGGUUCAAUUUGCAUGGCGAGCGUGGAGUGGUAGGCCAAUACAUUAGCGCUGUUGACAACGAGGGGCCUGCCCAACUUGCUGGUUUAUGCGUCGGUGAUCGUGUAGUUGAAGUAAAUGGGGUUAAUGUCGAAGCUGCAACACAUUCUCAAGUCGUUGCAAAAAUAAAGGAAAGUGUAAACGAGACUUCUCUUUUAGUUGUUGAUAAAGUAACGGACGAUUAUUUGAAGCAGCACAAUAUGAGAGUAACGGUUGAAAUGGCCUCGUUGGAAACUGUUGUCAAAAAUGAACCAGAAGAAACUGAAAAGACUACUAAAUCCGAGGAAGACGCUGAAAAAGCCACAGAACAACAUGAGAGUAAGACUGGGGAUGAUGAAGUCGAAGAAGUUGGGAUGUCAAUCGAAGACUACUUGAAAAUGCAUAGCAGCGAGGACGAAGGAAAACCUGCUGAGAUUAUUGUGGAAGUUACUUCUGAAGACAAUGCACCUAAGGAGGAAGUAUUAAUUCAGGAAACAAUGAAAGAUGUUUCUGAAACACCGGAAAGUGGUGCUGAGAAUCAAGUAGCGGAAACUGCUGGAGAAGAAGCAAGCAGCACGUCAGUGCCUGAACAGAAACAGGCUGAGAGCAAUGUGAAAAUGACGCCCCCUGAGCAACCCCCUCCAGCACCCCCUGUAGAACAGGCUAAACCCGAACCAGCAGUGCAAGAACCACCCAAGGAAUCAGAGCCAAUCAAAGAAUCAGAAGUACCCAAAGAGCCAGAAUUACCAGAGGAACCAGAACCACCAAGAGAACCAGAGCCAGUUGCUGUACCAGAACCACAAAAACAUGUUGACCCAAUUUUGAAAAAGAAUGCUGCUUUACCAAAGCCAAAACGAAAAGAAAUUAAAGAGAAGAAGGGAACAGACUGGGCUGCUAGAGCUGCAAUAUUCAAUAAUCUUUGAUGGUGUGUUAUUAAAACUAAAAAGUCAGGACUUUCAGGUUAAAUAUUCGGGUAUCCAAGUAAUAUUUUCUUCUGUCCUCUGAAGAAGAUUUGAAUUUUGACAUGCACAUAUCACUGGCAAGAAUAAAAUGCUCAUUAACAUUCCUUAUGAUAAUGGUUUGAAACAGAAAAUAAUGUUUUGUGGCUGUCUGCUUUUGAUAUAAAAACAAUUAAGAGGUUUUAGGGUGGUUUACUUUGUUUGUUCCAGAAUAGAGGGCCUGCUUUUAGAAGAACUCAUGCAAAAGUCUACUUUUUUCCAAAAAAUGGACUGUCUUUUGUCACUGAGAUUAAAAGAUUGAUAUUAAGAUAAGCUCUUAAAGACAAAAAGUGUGGUGGAUUUUAUUUGCAACAAAACAAGGAUAAACUAAAGAGAGAUGUGCAGAGAAAUGUUUCAUAAACUAUGCAGCCAUUUAUUUCAAUCAAAUUUGUAAGCAAAAUACAGCAUAUCCGCUUGAAAUAUGUUUGUUAUCUUUUUCCUUUAAUUUUCUCAAGGGCACAUUUUGUCAUGAUGGCUCCUCAUUCAUUUCUGCUUUCACAUUUAACCCUGUUAGGCUUUUUAUAUAUGCAAGAAAAGUCAGGAUUUGCUACUUUCAAUUGAGUAAGGGAUCACUUUUGGGAAAGAUGGGGAUGUAUUUGAAUUUGUCAAUUUUAUCUUCUAUACCUAUAUUCUAGAAGGGCUUCCAUCUCAGUGAGUUUCUUUUGUUUUGAUGAAAACACAAUAUAGCCACAAUGAAUUUAAAAAACAGAAGUAUGGUUUCUUUGUUUAUCUUUGCUAAUAAUGCUUUGCUAGGCUUCAAUAGAUUUAGAACUUUAUAAGCUUUAUAAGAAAAUGAUUUUGUUAGUUUAGUUUCAUAACUUUAAUAAAAGUGGUUGUUAGAAUCCAUGCAAAUUUGUUUGUUAUUAUGAAAUGAGCAAACUGAUCUAGCAGUAAAUUUUCACCUUCUAAUUUAUUUAAUUUAAACCCAAUUUUGAUUAUUACUGCUAUACAUUGCAUAAAAAUGGAUUCAAAAAUAUUUUUUGGCAAACUUUCAAUGAGCUGCCAUGCUAAGGUAACAUUGUGUCAUGAAAUAUUAUGUGAUUACACAAGAAAUGAUUUAUGAAACUGCACACAUUGUUUAAUUGUCAAUAACAUAAAAGUGGAAUGCUAUUGUACACAUUGAUUUUUCUUACAUUAAUCAAUAGAA